AAAGAAAAAAAAGAUAGUAUAUACUUUUAUUUGGUUGCCCAUAAUUCAGCACAAACCAAGUUCCACGAGACCCACACGUUUCUUUACCCUAACCUUUUCAAUGCUCCAGCGAAGGAACAGUCGCCGCCAUUUCUUCCCAUCUCCAUCUUCCUCGCAGCUUCGACGCUCCAUCUUCCGCUCCCUCCCUUACCCGCGGUCGGCACGCAGGCGACGCCGGCGGCGCUCAGGCUCGGGCUCUCAUCUACUGCGUCAGCAGCUUCCCCUCCCGCAUCUCGCCAGUCGCCUCGCGCUCUCACCUCCGGUCUUCCGCACACUGGCCGGUGACCCUGCCUUAUAAUAUUCUGCCACAUCACUCUGGGUGAAGCAAGAUUGGGUAGCUUUCCGGUGCCUACUUCAUUCUUGAGUUUGUCAAUAUAAGCCACUGAAGCCAAGGAUGCAUGAAAAUUAACCCAAUGAAAUAAAUGCUCCUACAUGAGUCCAAGCAUUUACCUAUCAAACUUGAUAAUGCUGGAUGCUAUUCUCAGGCAGACCUAUAUGGUGAUCUUGCCAUUUAUUGUCGUGUUUCUAUGUUAUGGAAAUUUUAAGAGCGCUGAUGUUACCUGUAGUGCUCUUUAAAUUUGGAACUUGGAACAUGGAGCAUGUGCUGAUUAGUAGAAGGUUUCCAACUGAUCCUGCUCUCUAAAUUUGGAACAUGGAGCAUGUGCUGAGUAGUAGAAGGUUUCCAACUGAUCCCAAUGAGUAUAAGUUAUAUGAGGAAAUUGGAGAUGGUGUUAGUGCCACAGUAUACCGAGCUCUUUGUGUCCCACUUGACAUCUUGGUUGCCAUCAAAGUGCUUGACCUUGAGAAAUGUAACAAUGACCUGGAUGGGAUAAGACGGGAAGUGCAAACUAUGAGUUUGAUUGAUCACCCAAAUCUUCUUCGUGCAUAUUGCUCAUUUACAAAUGGGCACCAGCUUUGGGUUGUCAUGCCUUACAUGGCUGCUGGAUCUGCUCUCCACAUUAUGAAAACUUCUUUUCCAGAAGGGUUUGAUGAGCCAGUCAUUGCUACUCUUUUGCGUGAAGUUUUGAAAGCUCUUGUCUACCUACAUUCUCAAGGACAUAUUCACAGAGAUGUCAAGGCUGGAAACAUCUUAAUAGAUACAAAUGGGGCUGUUAAGCUAGGAGACUUUGGUGUGUCAGCCUGUAUGUUCGAUACUGGAAAUAGGCAAAGAGCAAGAAAUACAUUUGUAGGGACGCCUUGCUGGAUGGCUCCUGAAGUCAUGCAACAACUGCAUGGUUAUGAUUACAAAGCUGACAUUUGGUCCUUUGGAAUAACGGCAUUAGAACUAGCACAUGGUCAUGCUCCAUUUUCGAAGUACCCUCCAAUGAAGGUGUUGCUUAUGACCUUGCAAAAUGCACCACCAGGUUUAGAUUAUGAGAGGGACAAGCGGUUUUCAAAGUCUUUCAAGGAUUUGGUUGCUACAUGCUUAGUCAAGGAUCCACGCAAGCGUCCUUCGUCUGAAAAGCUGCUGAAGCAUUCUUUCUUUAAGCAUGCUCGCUCAGCUGAAUAUCUGGCACGGAGUAUUCUUGAUGGCCUCCCUCCAUUGGGUGAACGCUUUAGGGAACUGAAGAGCAAAGAGGCUGAGUUGCUUCUCAAUAACAAACUUGGUCAGGAGAGCAAGGAGCAGCUAUCACAGAAAGAGUACAUAAGGGGCAUCAGUGGCUGGAACUUCAAUCUAGAGGACUUGAAAAAUGCAGCUGCCCUUAUAGACAGUUCAAAUGGCACUUGUUAUUUAGAUGUCAGGGAGAACAGAGUUAAGGAUGACUCACAAGAAGCUUACAAUGGUCCAGAACAUAUUUACCAGGAAAGGCUCAACCAUGUUGCUUCUAGAAGGCCUGAAGAGCAGGAUGAGAUACAAGAAGUUGAAGCCUUGAAUGAUGCUGUCUCCUCUUCGUUUUCAAGCCGCUCCCUUGAGGCACUAAAAUCUUGCUUUGAUGUUUGUGGUGUUGAUGAUCCGAGCCCAACUGCUACUGAUUCAAGAGCGCAACCAAGUGUCGGAACUUUACCUUUCCAGCAGUUGCAAAAAUUUGAGCAUUGUAAAAGUGGCGACUGCAAUGGUGAAAGCUUGGAAAGAAGCGUUUCUGUACCUACGAAUCUGGUCACUAGUGGAUACCACAAGCAUUCAAGUGGUUCUCUUAUACCUGAGCAAGUUCUUUCUCCCUACUUGAGCAGUGAUUUGGAAAGGGAUGGAUUUCGUCAGAAAAACUUAAGCAGCAGGAACUGUAGUGGCCCUUUAUUGUUCCGCCAAAUGAAGGAUUCACGCACACAUCAAUCUGUUGCGCCAGACGAGUCGUCGGAAGGAAAAAUUAUCCGUCGAAGGGGGCGCUUCCAGGUUACAUCAGAUAGUAUUUCUGAAAAGGUAGCUACAUCAUCCUGCAACAGCAGCAGGAUAAAUCUACCAAUUGAUGCAGCACGUUCAAGUCCCAAGUUGUCUGCAAUUCUUCCAACUUUGCAAUUCUUGAUGAAGCAGAAUACUAUGCAAAAGGAAGUACUCAGUAGGCUGAUUUCUUCAAUUGAGGAAACAUCUGAUGAUUCUGAAGCAACCGGAAGCAGUUCAUAUCAGAUGGCGCGUGUCGAGGAUGUCGAGGACCUUGGAGAUCUGGUCGGCGCGCCGCCCAAGGCUGAGGUCAACCCGGUGCCGCCUUCGAGUGCCGGUGAAGGCUCCUCGGCUGCGCCCGUGCCUACCGUGGCCGGUGAAGGCCCUUUGCCAGCCCCUGCGCCGACGGCCGAAGAUCCCCCGAAGGUGGUGGCUGAGCCGACAGCCGAAGACCCCACGACCGCGGCCGGGCCUUCGCAGGUGGCUAAAUAGGUGCUGGGGAGUUUGUAAAUUUUGUCUGUGUGUGUACUGAACCUCGGUUGCUGCGCAGGUUCAGGGUUUUGGGCCUGCGCACGCAACCGCUACUGACAAUGCUAAUUUUGUGGCGGCUUCGACUGUGGUUGCUGAAGGUGAUUCUGAUGAUUAUGUGUCUAAGUUUUGUGAGUCUGAUGAUUCUGGGAGUUCGAUUGUGUGGACGGAGGGGUCUUCGGAAGAGGACUUGGAUUAUUUUGCAGCGUUGGAUGUGGCUGCGGCAGAGACUCCUCCACGUGUGAUGGGCGCUGAGGUUCAUCCUGGUGCGAGUGCUGGGUGUAGGCGGCGAAGAGCGGUGGCGAAACGGGGAGUGGGUGAAUUGUCACGAGGUGAAAGGCGUCAUCGUGGUGAGAUGGAGGGUGGUCGUCUUCGUGUGGAUGUGACUGGCAAACGGGAAUUGUUGUCCUCGCCGGCUGGGGCGUGUGUGGGUGAGGGGGAGCUGCGAAGUCUGUUUGCGGGUGAGGAAUUGAGGAUAAUGUUGUUCAACUAUAGGGAGAUGGAUAUAAUCCCGAAGGUUGAGCCGAUGUAAUGUGUGAUGCCCUCGCUGUAUGUAUGUAACUAUAAUUUGUAUGGUAAGGCUGCGUGCCUUCGCUGAUCCGGCCACGCCCGUAGGCGGCCUGUGCACUUGAUCUUGCGCAUUUAUUGAGUUGGUCCGGCUGCACCCGUAGUCGAUUUUUGCACGGAGGAUCCGAUUGCACCCUUAGGCGACUUUUGCACGGAUGGUCUUUUGAGGAAGACUUCGAUUUUGUGCAUUUGUUGUGCGGGUCCGGCUGCACCCUUAGGCGACCUUUGCACGGAUAGUCUUUUCAGGAAGACUUCGAUUUUGCGCACUUGUUGUGCUAGUCCGGCUGCAUUCUUAGGCGACUUUUGCACGGAUGGUCUUUUGAGGAAGACUUCGAUUUUGCGCACUUGUUGUGCUAGUCCGGCUGCACCCUUAGGUGACUUUUGCACGGAUAGUCUUUUGAGAAAGACUUCGAUUUUGCGCACUUGUUGUGCUAGUCUGGCUGCACCCUUAGGCGACUUUUGCAUGGAUAGUCUUUUGAGAAAGCCUUCGAUUUUGCGCACUUGUUAUGCUAGUCCGGCUGCACCCUUAGGCGACUUUUGCUCGGAGUGUCGCACGCGAGGGUAGUCAGCGCUACCCCUCGCGGUGACUUAGGUGUGGUCGAAUGCCGAAGACCGUCGAUGCAGUCUUUUUCGACAUUGUUUCAAUUUUUUGCGGGGGAUUUUUGCGUGUAUUUUACAUGGCGCCGCCUCAUUAAAAACCUCACCCCCCGGGAGGAAAAGAGUGUGGGCCGGAAUAAGACUGUUUGGUGAAUUACAAGGGCGUCUUAGCCCUGAGGAGUCAAACAAAAAAUUUACGAAGAUUGUCAAUAUUCCAUGAAUGCUCUAAGUCUUCGCCGGAUGGCGUUGUUAGCCUGUACGCGCUGGGGGACGCCUUCGUCUUGACGAUGAAGGGGCCCUCCCACUUUGGCUCCAGCUUGCCCCGUGACUCUGUCCGAGUUGUCCGGACGAGUACGAGGUCUCCUUCGUUGAAUUCUCUCGGGACGACUGUGUGGUCGUGCCAUGCUUUUGUUUGAGCUUGGUAUUUGUUGAGGGCCUGUAGGGCGAAGACACGGUCUCCGUCGAUGAGGUCCUUCGAAGUUGGCUCGUCUACGUCGGGGACGGUUGAAGUGCUUGUCCGUGGUGACCCAUGUUUUAUUUCUUGCGGGGUCAUGGCCUCCGAUCCAUAUAGCAGGCGGAAAGGAGUGAACCCAGUCGCCCGACACUCGGUCGUGUUCAGCGCCCAGACUGCUUCAGGUAACAGGUCGGCCCAUUUGCCCUUCUUGUCGUCGAGGAGCAUUUUCUUGAUGGCUGUGAAAAUUUUACCAUUGGCGCGCUCCACGAUGCCGUUGGAUUGUGGGUGAUAUACUGAGGCGAAGGCAAGCUUGGUGCAAAUUGAGAAGCAUAAGUCUUUGAAGUCCUGGCUGUCAAAUUGUUUGCCGUUGUUAACUGUGAGCUCGGACGGGACUCCGAAUCGGCAAACAAUGUUUUGCCAGAAGAAUUUCUGGACAGUCUUCGAUGUUAUCGUGGAUACUGCUCUCGCCUCGAUCCACUUGGUAAAAUACUCGACGGCGACGAAGGUGAACUUGAGGUUCCCUUGGGCCGUGGGUAGCGGCCCGACAAUGUCCAGGCCCCAGCGCUGAAGGGGCCACGUGUGGGCGAUUAGCUUUGUGAACUGCGAAGGGUUUCUCGAGCGUGGAGAAAAUUUCUGACAGGCUUCGCAGGACCUCGUCACCCGAUUCGCGGCGCAAAUCAUAGCAGACCAGUAAAAGCCUUAACGAAUCACUUUGGCAGCUAGGGCCCUGGGCCCUGCGUGAGAGCCGCAAGUUCCGCUGUGGACAUCGCGCAGGAUCUGGACGCCUUCGGUCUCGGUGACGCAUUUAAGCAUGGGUUGACUGACCCCCUUCUUGUAAAGCUGUCCCUCAAUGAGUGCGAAGUCCCGGCUUCGGUGUUUGAGGCGCUUGGCCUCGUUGAUAUCGCUUGGCUGGUAGUAUCCCUGCAGGAACAGGGUUAUUGGUGCCCGCCAGUCCUCGGUCAUGAUGAUGACUAC